AUGGUGUAUGUAGGAUGGCUGGUGCAGAAGCAGAAACAGAGAUUGCUUCAAAGCAGGAUCACAGAAAGAUCAGAAACUGCAAACGGAUUAGAGGGAGAGGAACUUUAAUGAACUUAGAUAUUUACACAAAAAACAGAUUAAAAAGAAAAAAAAGUGAUCUUCAUUUGACAACAGAAAAUAAGGUGACGAGUAAAAAGUAAUGGGUUGAAAAAUAAAAAAAAUGUCCCGAAUUUCUUUUUGAUGGUUAUAUAUUCUUCUGGUUUGUUUUCUUUUUUGUUUUUUUUUGUUUUUUGUUUUUUU